AUGGAUCUCCAAGUUAGAGGUAGAGGACGUGGGAGACCAACUAGGCAACACCCCGAGGGUAGUGGUGAUAGGGAACCUGAGCAAGGAGGCCCAAUCGAUUCUGAGGAUCGGGCAUUAGAGAGAUUCCUGAAGUUUGGACCUCCUAAGUUCUACGGAGGGCCAGAACCUGAGGUAGCCGAAGGUUGGUGGGAGAGGAUCUCUGAUAUUUUUGCCGCCCUAAAUUAUCCGGAAGAGAGGCAAGUGACUUUCGCAGCAUUCCAGUUUGAGGGAGCUGCUCGUUCCUGGUGGAACCUAAUUAGGGUCAAUUGGGACAGGAAUCAUAUUCCUAGGACCUGGGCGAACUUCACAAGGGAAUUCAACGCCAAAUUUCUUCCUCCUCUCAUCCAAGAGAAAAGAGAGGAUGAUUUCAUUAAGUGUAGGCAGGGGGCGAUGAGUGUCGCAGAAUAUGAGAUUCAAUUCACGAAAUUAUCCCGUUAUGCUCCGGAAUUGGUAGCUACGGAGCAAAGGCGUGUAAGGAGGUUUGUGCAGGGACUGAACGUGGAAAUUCAGGAGGGAUUGGCUGCUGUUCGAAUAGACACAUUUGCUGAUGCUAUAGAGAGAGCUCAAAGGGUUGAAGUUGCCAGAGCUCAAGUAAAAACUUUCCUGGCCAAGAAAAGAUUUGCACCUAGCAGCAGUCGGGAGCUGACUUAUGCAAAUGCUCCACCGGCCAAAGUGGGUCGAGGAACGGGUGGAGUAAAUAAUCAUGGAGCACCACGAGGCGCUCUAGCGAGAGGAGCUGGGACCAGAGGUGCCGGGGAAAGAGCUAAUGGAGCUAACGGAGGACCAAGUGGAAGGAACCAACCUAGGAACGCCCCACAAGGAGGCCGUGUGACCACCUCUCAGGUAACUUGUGGGUAUUGCAGGAGGGCUGGUCAUAUUGAGAACGAAUGCUGGAAAAAGGGAGGAAAGUGCUUGAGGUGUGGAAGUAGCGAGCACCAAAUUGCCGGUUGCCCGAAAAUGCAAGAAGCUAAUCUUAAGCGUUAA